AUGCGCCUUCAGUUGCCGCAAUUCGAGCCGGUCAAUGCGGGUGCGGAUCACCAACAAGUCCGGCGCGGCCUCGAGAACAAGACCGGCAGGCUCAACAAGCGGUUCGUCUCCCUCAUGGGCGAGGGCGAGAUGUGGCGUCAGCAGUUGGACAAGACCCAGCAGCGCGAUCUCGAGUACGUCCAGGCGCAGACCCAGCUCAGGGAGACCGUGCAGGCUCGCAAAAGGGCCCAGGGCGAGCUGCUCCGCAUGCGCACCGCCGUGGAGAGCUCGAGAGCCCGACCGCCCUUCGUCAGUGUGAGCGCGUGGGCGCAGAGAAAGUCCGCCAAGAGGGGUAAGCGGGCGUGCGGCUAUUCCUGA